AUGGCAAGCUACUCGACUCCUUCCUCGUCACCUCCUCCUAGCCCGUCACGCAGACGCCUCAAUCUUUGCGCCAGCGCCUGCGAGCGGGGCUGCUGCGCUGUUGCAACUUACUUCCCUCUCGCUUUUGUAUACAGUCUUAGUACAUGGGGUGUCUGGGUGAUAUCAAACAUUGGCUUUGGUGACACCGGUUCCGAAAAUAUAUGGUGGGCAAUACAAGGCAUAUCGGCCUUCGGCAUUCUUUUUUACUUCCUGGCCAAUUUGUCCUACACAAUCGCAGUCUUCACCGACCCAGGCUCGCCCCUGAAAUCCACCAAGAGCAAGCAGCAAGGGAAAUAUUCGAUACUUCCAACAAGUGAGCCAGGGAGCGAAUUGAGUGGUGUGCAAAAUAUUACCGUCUCAUCUACCGGCGCACCGCGGUUCUGUAAAAAGUGCCAUACCUCGAAACCUGACCGUACGCAUCAUUGCUCGACGUGCCAAAGAUGUGUCCUGAAAAUGGAUCACCAUUGCCCCUGGCUUGCGACCUGCCUAGGCCUCCACAAUUACAAGGCCUUCGUACUGUUCCUUGUUUACCUUUCCUUGUUCUCCUGGACCUGUUUUGUUAAUGCAUCUUGGUGGAUGUGGAAGGAAUUGUUUGAGAAAAGCGGCUACUUGGAGGCAGCGGCACCCGUGAACAUAAUCCUGCUUUCCGUAAUAUCCGGUAUCCUUGGGUUGGUUUUGACUGGGUUUACGGCCUGGCAUAUUUACUUGUGCGUCAAAGGACAAACCACCAUUGAAAAACUAGAGAAAACUCGGUACCUUAGUGGGGUACGAAGCCGUGUUGAAAGAAAUCGACAAGAGCACCAAUCCAGCCAUUUUAGACGGACCUCUGAGGGUGUGGCGGAAAGACUUCAACGAGCAGGGGAGCAGAUUUUGGAGCUCCAUGCCAAUGCAAUACCAGGUGCUUCACGCUACGAGGAAGGCGAAGAACACACAUCCCCCGUUCCGAGCCUCUAUGGUUCACAGGAUUACUCCGCCCAACCGCAACAUCCGACCAACUACACAAGCCGUACGAACCAAGAUUCCACAAACGAUACCCCAGCCUUGCGCGCUCUUAGGCGUACAUAUUCCUCAAUCGAGGCUGAGCGAGAGCGUGAACGAUAUAAUGAAUAUCUCGAUGACAAGGAGUCCGCAAAACUCCCCAGCGCCUUCGACCUUGGAUGGAGGCGGAAUCUAAAGCAUUUGUUCGGUCCCAACCCAUUACUCUGGGCAUUGCCCGUAUGCAAUACGACUGGUGAUGGAUGGAGCUGGGAAGUCAGCCAUAAAUGGGCAUCAGCCCAGGAGGAACUCAGCAGAAACAAAGAGCGACGUUUGAAUGAAGCAGCAGAUCAAAGCAGUACCGGAUAUGCCGCCAAUGUCAGCUUGCGUGGAGGUGCUGGUAGUAGGUACCAAGCAUACGAGCGUGAUCGAGAACACGACUCCGACGACGAGAAUCAUCUGUAUCAUCACCAGCAAAUCAAUGGAUAUGGCAACAACGACGAGGAAGAUUUGUAUUCGCACAGUGCUCUGUCGAUGCACACGCUGCAUCAACACAAUAGGCCACCAUAUACUAGCGAAGUGCCAGACAGAGGCCGACGACGCCAACGCCGUGACUUUGACACGACAGAAAGCGGAGAAGUCGAGUCAUUUGAAGUCAGCAGCGACGACGAUGACAGUGACUCCAAUUCUGACAUUGGAUACAGAGAUGACGUGCACACCAAGCGCGCUUGGACACACAGGAAUCGCUUGGGAAGGUGA